AUGGAAUUAGAGGACUACAGUACUCUGGAGCAAUCAACCGACUCUAAUCCAUACGUGGAUAUUGUUUUGCUUAUGGCAGAACUGCAGGAAUUUUCUGGCUCUUGGCGUCUCACUGAAAAGCUAGCCACAGCCCUACGACUCCCUCUUGACAAAAUCACUAAGGCAACUCCAAAAGGUAAGAAAUCAGAUCUGGGAGUACCCACAAUUGAAGAGAUCGGAAUUCCUUCACAAGAGAAUAGAAAAUGA